AUGCUCUACCUGGCCAAGGGUGGCACCAUGGACCAGGCUGCAACGGCGCUGGGCAUCUCCAGGCCUCGUAGUGUAGUCUACAUUAACGAUACCCUGGACGUGCUCAGCGCCAUGGCGAAAUCUAUUAUCUCCAUGCCGCCAGCAGAGGAGCUGGCAGCUGUUGAAGAUGGCUUCUACGCUACGGCCGGGUUUCCCGACACCAUUGGCGCCGUCGACGGUACUCUCGUCCGUAUUGCGCGCCCACAGGACUUUGAAGGCUGGUACUGCCGCAAGAAUUUCCCUGCAGUAAAUGUGCAAGCUAUCGUAGACCACCGUGAUCUGUUCCGGUCCAUUUCCAUUCGAUCGGGGUCAAACAACGACCAAUCGCUCUGGAAUGGAUCGGGGGAUUUCUAG